AUGGCUCAUUAUCAGCAACUCGAGCAAGCGAUGAUCAAACAAGCUGUAAAUGUGAGAUUCCAUCGUAGAAUAGCCGGUAGAAGCGUAAUGGACUGGAUGAAUGACGAGGACUUCCUAUACUGCAGAAUUAUUGGGGUCAGGGCUCAGAUUAUGAGCCUUCUGGAAGAGUCCGAGAAUGAACUUGAUGAGGAUGAUGAUUCCAUGAGUAGUCCAAAUAUCGAUGCGGGCGAGUCAUCCCGAUACGAGCAUCCUGUACUGGAUGUCUCUCAUACUCACUAG